GUGAUUUCACUCUUUCAUCAUCAUCAUAAAAGGCGUGGAGCAAAUUCCAGAUUGUUGAGGGGUCAGUCUGUCAGGUUUCAAACUUAUUACUCCGUAAUUUAUAGUUCCAUCUUUUGGAAAAUUCCUGACUUUCUUACCCAAUUUCUCUUCCACUCCUUUGAAUUUUCUUCAACAAUUUUUUAAAGGGUUGCUAAAUUAAAGAUCUAUAAAUAUAUCUUUAGAAAACCCACCUCGGAUUUUGAGUUUGGUGGGUUUUCUUACUUACAAUUUGUGCUCCAUAGUUUGAUAAAAAUUGUCCCGGAUUCGAAAUGGGUAUUGCCAAUGACGAUGCUAUCAAACAAUUUGAGAUUUUGAUGGAAGGAGUUGAUGAAUCACUGAAGAACACUUUUCAGAAUAUGCAUCAGGGAUACCCUACUGAAACAUAUGUUCGGUUUCUCAGAGCUAGAGAUUGGAAUGUCGAGAAGGCACACAAAAUGUUGGUGGACAGCUUAAAUUGGAGGGUGCAAAAUGAGAUCGAUAAUAUAUUAACCAAACCUAUUGUUCCUGCUGAGCUAUACCGAAAAGUGCGCGACUCUCAGCUUGUAGGACUUUCGGGUUACUCAAAAGAGGGUUUGCCUGUCGUUGCCAUUGGCGUGGGACAUAGCUCGUAUGACAAAGCAUCCGUCAACUACUAUGUGCAGUCGCAUAUACAAAUGAAUGAAUACAGAGACCGUGUUGUAAUGCCACUGGCAUCGCAGAGGUAUGAACGACCGAUAAGUACCUGUAUCAAGGUACUUGAUAUGACCGGCUUAAAAAUAUCGGCCCUUAAUCAAAUAAAGCUCUUGACUGUCAUAACUACUAUUGAUGACUUGAACUAUCCAGAGAAGACAGAUACCUAUUUCAUCGUUAAUGCACCAUACAUAUUCUCAGCAUGUUGGAAGGUUGUCAGGCCUCUUUUGCAAGAGAGAACUCGGAAGAAAAUUCAGGUUCUUCAAGGAUGUGGAAAAGAUGAAUUAUUGAAGAUAAUGGAUUACGCAUCUCUCCCACAUUUUUGCAAGAGAGAAGGAUCGGGGUCUUCUCGACAUUCUAGAAACAAUGGAAUGAGUGAUAAUUGUUUCUCCUUCGAUCAUCCUUUCCAUCAAGAACUAUAUAACUUUGUAAGGGAGCAAGCUGCUCCUAGACCACCCUUGAAACAAGGGUCCUUCCAUGUGGCGUUCCCCGAGCCCGACGCGGACGACGCCAAAAUUGCUAAAACUAUAGAAACCGAAUUUCAUCGGUUGGAAGAUCAGAAGGAUAAGAAUGGGCUCGUAAGAUCACUCUCGAAACAAAUAAGUGAUCUUGACAUCAAAAUCAACUAAUAAAACCAUUGAGCAAUGCAAUGGUUUUUUAACCCUUUUGUCCACAAUCACCAAUUGAAGAACAUACCCUUUCAUCUUCGAUUAUGUAUUAUCACCAUCACCGAUGCCUCGGAUUACCUUGAUGCAGGCAUGUCGGAAGUGGUCGCCACCUUAACGGAUGUUGUAUCUCUACUUAUAUAUGUUAGGUAGCAGGACUGAAAGUCUGAAACAAAGAGCAGGUCAUAUUCAUAAUAUAUCUUGUAUAAUUUCUUUUAGCCAACCUGAUAAAUGAUUAUGUAUGUUCCUUUCUGAGUAUCUAUCAACGUAAAUUCAGGUA